AUGCCUCCAGAAAAGAUAGAGUUGUUCAAAUCCUUGGAAGACUGGGUUACAACAAAUGUGUUGAUUCACCUAAAACCAGUAGAGAAAUGCUGGCAACCACAACACUUUCUUCCAGACCCGACAUCGGAUGAAUUCUUAGAACAAGUGGUGGACCUAAGGGAGAGAGCAAUGGGGCUGCCAGACGAUUAUUUUGUAGUAUUGGUCGGAGACAUGAUCACUGAAGAAGCUCUUCCAACUUACCAGAGCAUGCUUAAUGGGUAUGAUGGAAUUGGGAAUGAAACAGGGUCAAGCCCCAGUCCUUGGGCUGAUUGGAUAAGGGGAUGGAGUGCUGAAGAGAACAGGCAUAAUGUCAUUUAUGAAUUGUGA